AUGUCGCGGCCAUCUAGAGCCUCCGACAGGCCCCAGACGCCCGCCGCGCAACCGGUCAAGGGCGUCGGUCUUCCGAUCCGGAAGUUCGUCAACAUUAAGAGCCUCAACAGGUCCAAGAUCCGCAAGCUAUGCAGGGUAGACCGCGAGAUACAGCGGCGGUGCACCAUGUGCGACUCGGCGCCGGUAGAGAAAUGGGCGUGCCCGCGGUGCAAGCUGGCACGGUACUGCUCGUGGGAGUGCCAGGUCGACGACAACGAGUACCACGUCAAGAUCUGCAGGGCGUGGCGGCUAGGGGGCGACUGGCGCAAGCGGCCGUCCAAGUGGUGGGCGCGCGCCGUCGUGUUCCCGGCCCAGACCGUCACACCCAUCGUGCGCUGGGUGCGCAUCACCGAGUCUCCGAAGAAGGACAAGAAGAAGGCGAAGGACGGGAAAAAAUUGAAAAGGAAGAAGAAGAAAGACGGCAAAGAACGACGCGUCAAGCCGCUCCUCUAUAUCAAGGAUGGCGAGAUCACCGAGUUCCUGCGCCAGCUCAAGCGGCAGUACGACUACAAGCCAGAGCACCGGCUGCGGUGCGUCAACUCGGGGCUGGAGGCUUACAGGCCCGAGCGGCUGGGCCACGGGCUGUUCCUGCUCGAGUGGCGGAGCCGGGAGGGCAUCGACGUCGAGCACGGGUGGGCGAACCAGAGCAUCGCGGGGCUGGCGCCGCCAGGCCGGCUGCAGCAGUGGACGGGGCCCGUGGUGUUGCUCGCGCUCGACCUGCGCCGGUGCAGCGUGAAGCGCGGAGCCUUCCUGCCCGACGACGUCGACAUGCGCGACUUCCGCCACGCCGUCGACUACCUGCUGCUGAACCCGUGCAACCCGUGCCUGCCGCACGACGCGAUCGCGUCCAGCCGCCUCCUGCGGUCGCCCGGCGACCCGCCCGCCGUGCACGCCGUGCACGCCGUCAAGCUCAACGACGUCCACAGCACCGUCAACGUCAUCAUGGGCGUCACGGAGCCCAUCGAGGACGACGUGAAUGUGCGCGCGAACCCGUACGACGUAGGCGGCUACCACGACAGCGGCAGCCGAGGUGGCGAGUCGGUUGUGCUCGAGGGCCCGUCGACCGUGUGCGUGGCGCUGGGGCUGGACUGGGUGGUGCGCACGCCGCUGCAGCACCACGCGAGCGUGCAGUGGCUGUACGAAGACCACCUCGACAGCCUGCCGUGGUUCACGCGCGUGCUGACCGAGGUCUGGAGAGUCGACGACAACGACGCGACGCCAACGCUCAGGACGUGCAGCCUGGCCAACAUAGCCGGCGACGGGUUGCUCGUCAUGCACGCGUCGGGCGCCAAGAUCUGCCGGGAGCACGUCGAGGCGCUGAAGGAAUAUCUCUCGCCUCGGCCCGACGAGGCCGCCGAGGACAGCGUGAGGGCAAAAGUCGCGGCAGACCCCAACGGGUUCAGGACUUUCUGGGACAAUGGCGCUUUCUGGGGGGGCGACUAUUACGGGGACAUGCCGUCGCCCUACGAUGCGCGUCUGUUCGGCCGGGGCGAGCCAGGUAGCAAGUCGUCCGUUGUCUGUGGCGACGUUUUUGCGCUGCUUGACGUGGCCGAUGCCGAAGACCUGCGCAAUGACAUGCUUCAGAGACGCGUAAACAAAAACAUUGGCAACUAA